AUGACGGAAUAUUUCUCCACCACGUUUAAAGGGCAAGCAAUUGGCCAAAUUGGUAACGGCGAAACGAGACGACGCUCAAUCCCCAAAAUCCCCAAAUCAACAAAGAAAUCGAAGAUCGUGAUCGAGAGAGAGAGAAAGAGAGAGGAAGAGAGAAGCGCGAAGAAGCUUCGGGAAGAGGCGGCGGAGGGGUCAGCGCCGGUGCCGGUGCCGGUGCCGGUGCCGGAGCUGGGGGAGGACGCGAUCUACGAGGUGCUGCGGCGCGCGGACGCGCGGACGCUGGCGGCGGCGGCGUGCGUGAGCCGGCGGUGGCGGCGCCUCGCCGCCGACGAGCGGCUGUGGGAGGCGGCGUGCGUCCGCCACUGGGAGGCCGCGCGCGACUACGGCGGCGCCCGCCUCCGCCCCGUCGUCCUCGCCCUCGGCGGCUUCCGCCGCCUCCACUCCCUCUACCUCGCCCCCCUCCUCCGCCCCCCCCACCCCUCCCCCCCUCCGAUCGCCGCGUCUUCGUCGUCCCCGUCUCCGAUCGCCGCCUCCUCGCCGUCCCCGUCUCCGAUCGCCGCGUGGCCGAUGGAGCGCGCCGGCGCCGGCGAGGCCGAGGGCGGCGCCGGCGGCGGGGGGGAGGAGGUGGGGGAGGGAUGAGGUGCAGCUGUCGCUGUCGCUGCUCUCGAUAGGGUUCUUCGAGAGGAUGAGCGCGGGGGAGUACAAAGGAGGAGGAGGAGGAGGAGGAGGAGGGGAAGGGGACGGGAGAGGGUAGAGUCACUGCCGCUCCGGAUCGGAACCGGUAUGGUUACCGCCUCCUCUCUCCUCCUCCUCCACCUCCCCUAUCUCACUUUUUCUUUUUUUCUUUUUUUCUUUUUUUGAAGUUAAAUUUUGAUUGGAAAAUGGGUAGGGUCACCGCCCCGUUCACCGCAUCGGGUAUGCUUACCGCCUCCCCCUCUCCCUCUCUUCCUCUUGUCGUAUCUUUCCCUUUUUUUCUAUGUGCUUUUUUUUUUUUGUUUUUUUGUUUUUUUAUGUUUUCACUUAAUUUUGAGGAUAAAUAAGCAUACUUUUGGUUCUCAAACUUUAAAGCGUGUCACGUUUUGAUCCUCAAAUUUUAAUUUACUAUAGUUAUUGUAAUUUAGUACAAUUGAACUGAAAAUUAAAGUUAAAAAUUAUAGUAAAUUAAAGCUUGAAGAUCAAAAUCUCACACACUUAUAGUUUGAGGACCAAAAGUGUAAUCUAGCCUAUUUUUUAUUUGAAAUUUCUCUCUCUCUGUGUGCUUGUGUGUGAUUGUUAUGGGAUUAAUGUGUUUCUUCUUGUAAUAUCUAGUGUUGUAUAAUAUCAUUAAUAUUAUGCAGUGAUGAAUUAUGCUCU